GUCGCGGACAUUUUGUGAGUAUGCGGACUCGCUCUAACUUUAGAAAUUUUAACCAAUUAGAAAGAGAUAGAGCAUUAGUGAUUUCGUGAAGUGAGAAAGUGGUGAAUCAGUGACGCUUCUUUUGUAAACAUGUCGGUGUUUGAAGAUGGAGGUUAUAAAGUUUGUUUUUGAUUUAGAAAUGAGUGGUGAACGAUGAUGCGGGAAGAAUGACGUCGACGGACACGUACCAGUUGAAAUGGCACUCGCACAGCUCGCACCUGAACGGCUCCGUGGCGUCUUUGCUGCGCUCGGAGCGGUUUACGGAUGUGGUGCUGUGCACCAUGGAUGGGUCUCAAAUCCCGGCGCACAAGUUCAUCCUGAGCUCGUGCAGUGUGUAUUUGAGCUCGCUGUUCGAGGGCCAGCGCGCCGUGACCCGGAUGGGCGGCAUGCUGUACGUGGUGCUCCCUUCAGAGAUAUCCACGAAGGCGCUGAAGAUUCUCGUGGAAUACAUGUAUAAAGGUGAAACAACCGUGUCAAAUGAAGUCUUAGACACUGUACUUAAAGCAGGCGAGGUACUAAAGAUCCGAGGCCUAUGGAGGCAGACGGACGAGGCAGGCGGGGACUCCACCCCUGCGGAGAGGACCACAGCCCCCGCUGAGAGGACGGCCACUCCGACCAGCACGGCCUCUGCGAAUAAACCAGCAGUCGCUAAGAAAGCAGACGAGUUGCAGCCGAAGAUUACGGUGAAGAGGGAUGACAAGCUGCUCAAGACCUUCACUCCUCUACAGAAUCAGGGUGGUACUAGGCCCAUGUUCAUCGGCCCGCCUAAGCUGGUGUUUAUCAAAACAACCGAAGGCGGCACCCAAGCGACGUUACGUCCCGGCGGACCCAAAGGCCAGACCAUACUCGUGGCCCCGGCGCCUACGUCAUCGUCUGACGUGUCCACACUGACCACUGUCACUGCUACCACCACACCAGCUACUAUGACUGUAGCGACCACAACUAUAGCCGAUGACUCCCCCGAUGAAGCGCCUCCGCCGAGGAUAUUGAGAAGGCAUGUAGCGGAACGGAAAUAUGGGAAGAAACAAAAGACUGCAAGCAAUACGGACAACGAGGAAGCCAAGGAGGAGGACGCUCAGGACAAUGUUUCGGUAUCGUCAAAAAAAUCAUCUCAAAGCACCAUAGAAACAACAACCGAAGUGCAAAUCAAAGACGAGCCAGACUGGGACGCCAGCAGCAUAGAGGAGGAAGAGCGCUCCAUCGCCGAGAUGUUCCAGGCCGAGAUGAGCGUCAAGACUGAACCCGUUGAGGAAAUGGACAUUGAGGAAGAGAGCUUGAUCUACAGCCCGCUGGCGUGCGAGCUGUGUGCGGAGGUGUUCACGGUGCCGGCCGCGUGGGUGCGCCACGUGCAGGCGCACGCGCGCUCCAGCGAGCCGCACUCGCGCAAGCGCAAGCACCGCUCGCCGAGCGACGACACCGAAGAGACAAUGGCAUUACUUCGCUGUGACCUCUGCCAGAAGCACUUCCCCAACCCCGGCGAGUGGGUGCGACAUAUCCAGAGCACGCACACUGAAUCAGAAUUGGCCCUUUCAAACAACAGUGCCCCACCAAAACGUCACAAUCGUUUCACAGACGGCGCGCAAAACAAGACUUGCUCGCACUGCAAGAAGACCUUUCCCUCCAACGCCUCCAUGCUCAUUCAUAUGCGCACGCACACAGGCGAGCGGCCCUUCGUGUGCGGGCUGUGCAACAAAGGCUUCAACGUGAAGUCGAACCUGCUUCGGCACCUGCGCACGCUGCACGACCAGCUCGUCAGCGCCGACGAGCCCGGGCCCUCCGACGUCAAGCGCGAGUCCUGAGCCAGGGGAGGGGGGGCAGGUGAGCGCUACUUUAUA